UUCAAGAGUUGGCGCUAGCAUGACAGUCGGUGUUUGUGCGCGGUUUUGUUGAGUAAUAUUAAUUGGACGAGUUAAUCGUCUCUCAAGACAAUAAAAAAUGCUGCAGGGCUAUUCACCGGUGAUGCAAGCCUUUCUGGGCACCCUUUUUACAUGGGGUCUCACAGCCUGCGGAGCCUCGCUAGUCAUUAUUAUCAGAGGAUCUCAAAGGAAAGUUUUGGAUGCGAGCCUCGGAUUUGCGGCUGGGGUCAUGACCGCAGCUUCGUUUUGGUCCUUGUUGUCGCCCGCAAUUGAUUUAGCAACGAGUUCAAAAAUGUAUGGUGAAAAUGGUGAAUACGCCUUUGUACCAGUUGCAUUUGGCUUUCUUCUUGGUUCGUUAUUUGUUUACGGUGCCGAUAUUUUAAUAUCAGUGCUGGGGCUGCAUUCACCCAAUAUGAUGCUAGCGCUACAUGGUAGUAAUAAAGGAGAUAGAAGCAGAGAUGCUUCAAGACGUGACUCAGCUCACGUGCCGCUGCCCGUGCCGACUGUCAUUGAAGGGUUUUCUGAUGUGGGAACCUGUGCUCAUCGUAGAACGGUAGGUAAAUUACGGAAACGAUCAAAACGUAAACGUGCUGAAGCGAAAGUUCUCACUCAGAGUUACGCGAGUACCAUUGAGGAGAUCCAGCAUGGACAAUGGAAGAGGAUCAUGCUCCUGGUCGUGGCCAUUACUGUGCACAACAUUCCAGAGGGAUUGGCGGUCGGAGUUGGUUUCGGUGCUAUUGGAACUUCAAGCGCAGCCACCUUUGAAACAGCAAGAAAUCUUGCUCUGGGUAUCGGCAUUCAAAAUUUCCCCGAGGGCCUUGCCGUUAGCUUGCCUCUGCACGCCGCUGGAUUUUCCGUUUGGAAAAGUUUAUGGUACGGUCAACUUAGUGGCAUGGUGGAGCCCAUCUUCGGGGUGUUGGGCGCCGUUGCCGUCAGUUUGGCCCAACCUGCGUUACCGUACGCCUUAUCUUUCGCCGCCGGUGCCAUGAUCUACGUGGUCAUGGAUGACAUCAUUCCCGAGGCAAACACGAAUGAAAAUGGCAAGCUGGCCACCUGGGGUGCCAUCAUCGGUUUCCUGGUCAUGAUGAGCUUGGACGUAGGUUUAGGUUAAUAUAUGAGCCCAAAAAAGAAAACAUAGAUUGUCGAUUUAGACCCGAUUGUUCUGUGUUUCGUUUUUUGUGAACGUCCCAUACGUGUCCUGUCCUGAUAUUAGAAAUGUUAAGUUUGAAAAACGGCCAUGGGUGGAUAAUUGCGGAUUAGAUCGUUUGUUCUUUUUCUUUGUGGGCGAGGUUUCCGGAAAGUUGGAUGAUUUUUUUCCGCGAAGAUUAACCUAUUUUUUGAAUAACUUUUUCUUCGAGUCUUUCUUAUCGUAUUGUUCUUCUUUAAUUUAUGUCUGAAUACGUAUAAGAAAAACUUGCUAGUGCAAUUAUACAGGGUUUUACAAAAAGGCCCGUCAUUCCGUUAACUAAAUAUUCUCUUGGCUUAAAUAGUGGCACUUUCUUUAUGCCAUUCCCCAUAAAUGUUUUGUUUUCAACAGAUAAAACUGUGAAAGUUAUCUAUAUUUAUUGGCGUCUCCAUUAAUUAUAUUAAGUGUAACUUAUGAAUUUAUUGAACGUAAUAUUUUUCAAAGCAUAUUUCCUAAUUUCAACUUAAAUUAAAUAACUUGGAUCGUUUUCGAGAUACGGGGUGUCAAAAUGUAUUAAAUACUCAAGAAUUUUGUAGCUGAUCUUGACAAAACUUGACACGCGUAUUUACUCUCAUGGUUGACUACAUUGUGUUUAAUUAAAAUAAAAUGAUAAUUGGAAUUUAUAGGUAAAAUCAUAGUACGCCACUAAUGUUUAGAAGAUUUAAUUUUUUUUUUGAAUCAAGCAAUCAGAAAUACAACAGUUUUGUUAAAAUGAUUUUAAAAGUGUGUUUGUGAGUUAAUAAUUAAAAAAUCAGAUCCUUCAGACCACGCAGGGCAGCGGUUUUUCAUUUUUAUUUUAAAAACCUAGGAGGAGGAACAAAAAAAAUAGGGGUCGUCCUCUGGGACGCCACUGAAAUGAAUACUUUUAUUUUAAUUACGCAAAAUAAAGACCCUUAUGACGACAAAUAGGUUUUGUCAAAAUCAGCUAAAAGUUUAUUAACAAAAUCGUUUCUUUUUUCUACAAUCUGAAACGAAACAAAUUAGGACACGAAAAAAAGAAAAAAGGAUAUUUGUACUGAAUUCUGAAACACCCUGUAUAGUUAACGGAUUACCUACCAUUUUGUCUUUAAUACUUCAUUAUUUGUGAUCAGUGACGUUAUAUCCAGUGACCUCCUAAGUUGCUUCCAGAACGUCUAAAGCCCUGCAGCCAAUUUUUAACAUAAGAUUACCUUUUAACAACUUACAUUUUCCGCCAUCUUUACCGAUGGCGGAUAAGUUAUGGGACACGCUGCACAGUUUGGCAACGGGUAUUUAUGUGCCUUUAGAAUGUGACAGAUAUGUUGGCUUCGCCAACUUUAAGGACUUGUCAGAUCGUCUUUUGGAUAUAAAGUCACAGUUUUUAUUGUGUUCAGAAUUGUUAAUUUAUAUAUUUAUACAGAUUAGUAUAUUUUACGUUGUGUAAUAUUUACAAUGCGUGGCAUUUUACUUUGACGAAAAACCGAUGUACUCCGCAUAUACAUACAAUGAAGAUCUCCGCAUUUUAAGAAAACAGUCUUAUAAGAAACGUAAGCGCCCAUAAUAUUAUAAUGUUUUAUGUUUACGUUUUACGAACAGUUUAGUAGUUGUACUUAAACCGAGAACAAGUACUUGGGUAAAUUAUGAUUUACGUUGAGUAUUUUUAUAAUGAACAUGUAGUUAUAGCAAUCAACUCAUAAUAUAGUCUGCCAAUUGUUAACAACUACAACUGUGAUAAUGAGCCCUAUUCAUGUUAAU